CUAAGCCAACCCUAAACCAACCCUAAACUAACCCUAAACCAACCCUAAAUACACCCUAAACAAUAAACCCUAAACCUAAGCCAACCCUAAACCAACCCUAAACUAACCCUAAACCAACUGGUGGGGGGGGGGGGCUGGCAACGCUGCACCAUAUAUAUUUAUAUAUGUCUACAUAUUAUGCUCCUUCCCUCUCCCCCUCCAAGGCCCACCUUUGAAAACUUGAUAAGCGCAGCAUAAACUUGUGAUGCAAAUGUCCGUUGCACGUUUGCAACUUUAGGCUUGACUUCCUGCUUUAGGCAAAACCGUCAAAUUAGCGUUUCAUCCGAACACUUUGAGAGUGUUGCUGGCUUUCAAAGUGUGGGCCAAUGUUCAAAAAGCGCACUGUGGCAGCUCAAGCUCUAAAGCCCGCACCGCGACAACCAAAAACAAAGAGAUAGGGGUUCAUCUAUCUAUCUCUCCCUCUCCAUCCAUUUAUCUAUCUAGCCUUCCAUUCAACUAUCUAUCUAUCUAUCCAUCCUCCAUCCAUCCAAUCUAUCUCUCUCUGUCUAGCUAUCCAUCUAUCUAGCUCUCUCUUUCUAGAUGUAUAUAUAUAUAUAUGAAAUGUAUCUAGUUGUCCGCCUAUGUGUCUAUCUCUCUCUCUCUCUCUCGCUCUCUGUCUAUCCAUCUAUCUCGCUAUCUAUCUUAUCUCUCUAUCUAUCUUUGUAUUUGUGUACCCUCCUGCUGGAGUUCUCUCCUUGUGGCUAUCUCUCUAUCUCUCUCGCUCUCUCUGUCCACCUAUUUAUCUGUCUAUCUACCCAUUUGUCUAUCCACUUUCCAGGCAACUGUUUAUUCUAAAGUUUUUUACUUGGGCCCUUGUUAUGGGCCGCUAAUGGCUGAAAAAUACAUACACUAUAUAUACCCCUUAUGUAUUGGGUACGUAGCACAAGGACCAGGUGGCUGGAUGUGUGCGUUUCUCAACUGCUGCCUCUGGAGUAGCAAUCUUUGACGACAGCAAUCUUGAAAGGUUCCAACUCCAUUGGGACUCUUCGUGCUAAGCCCCCAAACCCCGGUCCCAAAAAUAGGGGCCCAUUCAGGAAACCCACUGGCACAGAACUUGACACGGACCCGAUGUGUGAAAUUAUGUUUCCUUGAGACCUGGCUUCAAAGGCUUCCACCCUUCUCUUUCUUUUCUUCUUUGUUUUCGUCUUUCUUUCUUUCUUUCUUUCUGUCUUUCUUUCUUUCUUUCUGGGAGCUUUCAGAGAAGCAUGGAUUUGGAAGGUUUGGAAGCACAUCAGCAUCCUCAAAGUUGCACUUCUGCAACCACCUAACAUACCUUGACCAGGUCUCCCCCUAAUGCUGAUGCCUUCAUGAAACCCCUGAUUAAAGACUUGUUGCAUUGCCGGCCGACUGCAACCUUCAAGAUCUUUGAAAAGGUUUUCCAAAUCCUCUUCCACCUUGAUCGGAGGAGAGGGCUUGCGCUGUUCACGAUACAGAACGAACACCAGGUCAAGACACAGCAAGCUGUGAGCUCAGCAUUUUGUUUU